AUGUCCACCCACCCGCUUUUCAACGCCCUGAUCCGCACCCACCAUAUUACAUCCCGCAAGAAAGUCGCCAAGCUGCGCGCUGCGGCUUCAAACGACAAUGUCUACGCGCUGCUGCGCUACGGAGGCUGUCCAGGCAUCAUGUACUGCCAAGGCUCUGAGACUGGGGUAAGAGACUGGGUUGGUACCGUUCAGAGACUGCGGUACAAGGACUUUCAGCUCGUGAAGAAGCCCGCCGAGAAAGCGGCAGAGGGCAAUGGAGGGGAAGUGCAGGUUGCGUAUGGGAAGUUGGAGGAGGCGGAGAGUGUGAAGGAGUUUGGGGCGCGGAUGCAGGAGUUGGGCGUUUGGGGCUGGUGGAGAAAAGGUAUGGGGUACGUGGGUGAGGAGUGA